AAUCAAAAAGUAUCGAGACUGAUACGAUUAAUCGUAAACCAGUUUGAGUAUGAACUUGCAUGUGCUAUAUUAAUCUAACUUUAUAUGUUGGGAAAAUAUAUUAGACAUAGAUUAGAUUAAAAUUGUUUCAGUCGGCUUCUAGGUGCGAUUAAGUCAAGUAUGUUUUUACGUCCCGUCGGAUUUCAUAAUGAGCGAAAAUACAGAACAACGAGUGUGCAUUAAAUUUUGCCAUAAACUGGGAAAAACGGCUACUGAAACCUACCAAAUGUUAUUGUUAGCUUAUGGAGAUGAAACCAUGUCCCGUGCUCGCGUUUUUGAAUGGUUUAAACGAUUUAAAGAGGGUAGAACAACUGUUGAAAGUGAUGAACGUGAAGGACGCCCAUCAACAAGCCGCAAUGAGGAAAUGAUACAAAAAAUACGAACAGCAAUACGAGUUCAAACCAUAUUGACGACUGAUUUAGACAUGAGAAGAGUUGCAGCCAAAUUUGUACCAAAACUGCUCUCAGGUGAGCAAAAAGAAAAUCGAAAACAGAUCGCCACUGAUUUGCUAGAGUGUUCCGAAUCUGAUGAUUUUUUUUUAAAAUCAAUUAUAACUGGUGACGAGACUUGGGUAUAUGGCUACGAUCCAGAAACAAAGGUACAAUCUUCGCAGUGGAAGACACCUGAUUCACCACGACCAAAAAAGCUCGUCAAGUUCGGAGUCAAGUGAAGGUCAUGUUGACCGAUUUUUUUUACUACCAA